AGACGAGAGGCACCUUGCAUCCUCUCUAUCCCACUCUUAUUCCCAGAACUGUCAGCAACGCCUCAUCUUUCCUACAUAGCAGGGGCCCUACCAUGGAUUCUGAAUCAAAACACAGUUUCAUAGGAAGUUUUCUUCAGCCUCCAGAUAAGAGCAAGUAUUCUACCUUUGCUCACAGAAAAUCAAAGAAAUUAACAACUGCUGUGGGACACCUGCCUUCUGGUCCAGACAAUCAAGUAGCUCUGAUGGCAGCUCUGAAAACUCUUCAGGAAAAGAUCCAUCGUUUAGAGUUGGAGAGGUCGCAGGCUGAAGAGAACCUGAGCAGUCUUUCUGUAGAGGCUGCUCAGUACAAAAAAGCCUUGCACCAUGAAUCCUGUGAGAAAGAUAUCGCCCAUCAGGAACUGAUGCAACAGAAAAAAGAUGUAAGCGUGCAGUUAAGUGCAGCCCAAUCACACUGCUCCCUACUGGAGAAACAGCUGGAUUACAUGAGGAAAAUGGUUUUCAGUGCAGAGCAAGACAAGAAAAUGGUUUUACAGCAACAGACCCAGCUUCAAAAGGAGAAAAAUCAGAAUCAGAUGGAGCUACAUGCAAAACUUGAAAAGCUUGAAGUACUAGAAAAAGAGUGCUUCAAACUUACCACUACUCAGAAAACUGCAGAAGUCAAGAUCAAACAGUUGGAGGAAAAGCUUCGUGAAGAAGAGCAUCAACGUAAGUUAAUACAAGACAAGGCUGCUCAGCUUCAAACAGGAUUUGAGAUCAAUAGAAUUCUGAUGUCUUCAGUUUCAUCUCAAAAUGAACCAAAAAGGAAAAAUAGGAAGAAGAAAACAGUAAAGAAAAACCCUAGUCUCAAGAAAGUGACUCCACCACAAUUUUAUGUUAAGACUGGAGUGCUGCCAUUUGUGGCUGGGAAGUCUGCCAGCUCCAGCCAUUCUGUUAGUGCAAAUGUACAAAGUGUCUUGCAUAUGAUGAAACAUCGCAGUCCAUGCAUCUCAUCACAGCAUCCAGAAAAGGCUGAACGCAGAGUUUCCAGAAGAACUAUUGCUUCCAAAUCGGUGUCAUCGUGUUCCACAUCUUCUUCUGUCACUGAAAAUCUUUCUGACCUUUUGUUGGCAAUACAGGAUGAGCUGGGUCAAAUGAGCUUUGAACAUCAAGAGCUAUUGAAGCAGAUACAGGAAACUGAGAACUGUAAAGUUCGCGAAGACCUUGAACGUGAAUUGGAUUGUCUGGUAAAGCGAAUGGAGAUUAAAGGCGAUCAAAUAUCCAAGUUGAAAAAACACCAAGCCAGUGUUCAGAAAUUAAGAGAAAAGGCUCAGAAAUUGAAGAGAGAGGCAGCUUAUGUCAAACUCAAAUCUGAUGAUAUGGAAGGAAUAAAAGAGAUUCCAGUUACUCCAAAGGAAAAUGGUUCUAUAUCUUGUCCAGGACAAAAAAGCAAACGCUGUCUUCAGCUGUUGAAAAAUAUGCAGAAACUUCAGUCUACACUCAAGAAAGAUGAUAUUAUGUGGGAACAAUAGUUUGUGGCAGUGCCUUUAGCUGGCAUCUUCAAAAAUUGUAUGAAAGUUCAUAGGCUUUAGAUUUAACAAAUACUAGAAUUAAUUCAAUGUUCAUGGCAAAUCUAUAAAAUGUGUUGUGCAAUGUCUAAAGUAUAUGUUAAUGUAAUAGUCAAUAGUCAAUUUCAGUUCUGUAAAUUAAGAGCUUUAGAUUGAACAAACCAACCACCCUGUAGCUAUGCAGAUAUUUUAAAUAAAGCCAUUUUUAAUUGUUUGUUUCAUGAUGUAUCUACUAAUGGCUUUUGUAUGUUUCUUUUCAUUAUUUUUGUUUGCUUUUUUAACUUGUCAAAAUAAAACUCAAAACUUCUCAUGUUGCGUAUAAUGUUUAUAGCGUACAGUAUUUUAUUCUCUUUCCUCAAACUGAUAUUAUUUGUUUUGAAGAGGAAGGAGAGUCCAAAGUGGAGCCAAAACUCAUGACUCAGUGCAGAAGGACAUACUGUAUUAAUCCUGCUUCCCUAGUCUUAAAGGGCCAAAACUCCAAUUAAAAUCAAUAGAAGAGUUCCUUUUGUAAAGUUUUGAAGAUUCAGACCUUUACAACCAAGUCAAACAAAUUACUAUAAUCGUUUGUCUCUUGUGAUAUAUGUAUAUUUAUUCAUUAAAUGAUGUGGAAAAUAGUUGUGAAAGUGGGGUAAAAGCUGAGAGAUUUCUUCUGUGUUUUUUGAAGGUAUUUUUUUAUUUUGUUUUAUAUGUCCUAUCACCACCUUUAAAAUAUGCUAUGGGUUCUUCAAAGAAAAUAAAGAUACAUGUAUACAUUUAA